AGCUGCCUGUUGCCCAACAAGUCGACUGUGCUUUCGUGCCCAUCGAGGCGACUUCCAAACGACGCCAAGAUCCGCCGACUAGAACGGGUCUGAAGAGGAAGCAAAUGGCGACUGGCCCGCCUCCAACGGAUGCCUUUGUCCAGGGUCUUGCAGCUCCGGCCUCGCCCUUGCAGGGACAACCUCUGGACUUGGUCGAGCAGUCCAGCGAGGCUACAAAAUACGACGAUGAUGUUAUGCGCCGCCAGGCUACUCCCCAACAUCGUCUCCAAGGAGGUGCAAGUGCCGUCGAUGAAGAGGGAGAGGAGGGCGAACUGGCAAAAGCCGGUGGUGAGGAGGACGACGAGGGCAAUGAAGGAGAUGCGGAUGGUGAAGACGACAACAUGGACAACGACGGGAACGUUGGCGGUGAUGGAGUCGAAGAGAACCGCUUCUCCCACUGCGAGCGACGACGCAAGGACCACAAUGCGCAGGAGUGGCAUGUUGACGACGCCUUCGACAUUGGUGAUGCACGCGCCAAAAAGUGGCAAAACUUCCCGAGGGCCUCCAUGGGAAAGGCGUGUGAGAAGGCGUUUGUGAAACAGACGCUCGAGAACCAAUACAGUAAGGGUUGGAGUAAUAAACUUCGGGGGUACAUGAACCUCGCCACGUCCACCGACGUAGUAUGGUCACUGGUGGAGAGAUUCUUCGCAAUAUUCGAGGAAGGUAAGCUACCAAUUGGUGAUGGCAAGAUCCCGCUUGACAUGCCCGGGACAAUGGAGGGGCGCCUGUCAGGACUGUACACCGACGAAAGCAAGGGACAAAGGAUAUUGUACCAUUGCAUAUACGCAAGAGAUAGUCCCGAAGGCUCCACCGUGUCCCAAAAGGAUCUGUGUCCUUUGUACUUCAAGAACUUCGGGGACAUGACAUGCCGCGAGAGAGAAGUCGCGCUGCUCCUGCUCAUGAAGGGAAAGGUGGUGGUAACGAACGUCAAAGUCUCACCUCCAAGAGUGAGCACUGAGUGUCUCCUCGACAUCAUGCACAAAGAGAGAUACAUGGUUCGCCUGUUCAACUACGUUGUGUUCCACGCUGAGGGGAGGGCAGAUGACGAAUGGAACGACGACUUCUUCAUGUCGUGCAAGGACCUCGAAGAGAGGUAUGGACCAAAAAGGCUCUGCGCAACUGAAUGGGACACGGAACGAGAGAAGUUGCAUAGCAACAAAGUGAAGAUGGUUCCUCGACGACUUGGAGGAGUGGAGGAGGUUAGGCAAGGUGCGGGUUUGGGGCUUAUGGAAACAAUGUACAAGGAGACUCGGAGUCCGUUUCACUUCAAGGUGUUCAUGUAAACCAUCAUCGAUAUGCUUAAUAAUCAUUUGCUUUGAGUGGAGGUGAAACGAAUCGCCUCCAGCGCA